AUGGCCGCUUCCUCCAAAGACACGUCCGAUGUUGAAAAACAUCAAGCGAUCGAAAAGAUAUUCCGCAAUUUUAUCUUUCAACAUCAUAAUGAAAGUCUAAACCCUCUCAACCUUGCCAAUAUCUCCGUCUCCGAGUUCUCCGCAGGUUUGAGGAACCAUUUGUCGGUACUGAAUGAGGGGGGCAGCAUAGCCCGUGGCCGUGGGGAAGAUUUGGUCAGCACUGGGCUAAGUAAGAGCCUAGAGAGACUUUUCUCCACAACAACGCCAUUCGUGAGAGAAGGGCCACCCUUGACCUGGACGAGUCUUGUCCUCUUUGCAGGUCAACAAUAUGAGGGUACAGCGCAGCUUCAGGUCGGAGACUCCAGAAUAGAGCUGUCCAAAGACGACCUCAAACUCUUACUCUCCGGUAGACCCUGGCGGUUUCUCUUCCCUUGGCCUGAUAAAGAUGACUGCACGAAGGAGCUUCAAUCAACGAAGACGGCUAUUCAGGAGCUUCUUGAUGCUCGAAAAUUGAUAGGUGAAGUUUUGGAACAAGUUUCGGUUGUUGAGCAGCAUCUCCAUGAUCAUCACAUCUUAGUCUCUCGGCUUUCUGAAACCAAGCAACACGCCAUCCAACAAGGGGGUCAACUUUUGGAUGUUGUUGAAUCUUCUGUUCUAAUCGAAGGCGUUUUUGGACCCGGUGCAUCUGCAGAAAGCGAAAACUCAGUUCGCCGAGAUUCAACAUCCGCUCCUACAACCACCCGUCUUGUUAGCAAUGACCAAACGGUUCAGCCAGUAAAUGGAGAGCUCGAUGAUCCAGCUGUGCCAGAAGAUUCCGCCGCGAGGAAUAAUCUUCACCGAGAUGUGUCAUGGCCUGAAAAUAACGCAAGUCCAGGUUCCAGAUUACACACAUCCGAUUUCGUCCAAAAUCUGAGCGAAAUUCUUGACAAUCCAGAAAAUGGCGAAAUAAUGCGCUGGACGGAAGAUGGGCAAUCCGUCUUUAUCGCCCCGGAAAACAAGGUUCCUUCGCAUAUACUUGCAAAGAUGUCCACGAAAAGUUACCAAUCUCUCAUUCGGCGGCUUUAUUACUUUGGGUUUCGCAAAACCGGGGGCGCCUACCAUCAUGACUCCUUUGUUCGUGGUAAGCCCAGCUCGAUACAACCGACUCGGGAGUUAAGCCAUAGCCCGUCACUGCCCUCGCCUCUGCGCAACAGCAAAACCCAACAUGGACCUCGGUUUAAAGUGAUCAAAAGAAAGCGGGCAAGAGAAAGUGUUUGA